AGCGCAGCGGAAGCUACGUGGGGGAAGCGGGACUGUUGGGCGCGAUCGAGCAUAGCUGCAGAUGGUCGUCUGUUCCUCAAGUUUGGCGAUGGCUGAAGGAGGAACUGCCUUGCCAUCUCUGCAAGAGCAGAAAAAUGUCAUUUUUAAGCUUUCACAAACACCUUUGAAAACAGGGGCCACUUGGUACCUGAUUGAUACUGUGUGGUUCAAGCAGUGGAAGCGCUAUGUGGGAUAUGAAGAAAGGGAUACGGCACUGAUGGGCCAGCCUUCGGCAUUCCCUGGCCCCAUUGACAAUUCUCCUCUUAUGAAAGAGGACGACAGCGGUGACAUCAACGACCAGAUGCUGGACUCAGUCGACUACGAGCUGCUGCCGGAGGAGGCCUGGAACCGUCUGCAGCAGUGGUACACUCUCGCCGCCGGCCAGCGGCCCAUCGCUCGCAAGGUCAUCGAGAGUGGUGUUUUUAUGAAGCAAACUAAAGUGGAAGUGUACCUUUUGGAGUUGAAGCUAUGCGAGAACUCUAACUUGGACCAUCAGAUAACGAAGGCAUUUAGUAAAGAAGACACUAUUGGUGACCUGGAGCGGACGAUGCGCGAGCUGUUCGACGCGCCAACCGGGCGCGAGUCGCGCGUCUGGAAUCGCUACACGACCAACACGUACGAGCAGCUGGCCGACCGGCAGGCCACCAUCAGCAGCGCCGGCCUCUAUGUCGGCCAGAUCAUCGUGCUGGAGGUGCAGAACGAGGACGGCACCUGGCCGCGACCUCGACCUAGCUCCUCCGGCGCGCUCAGCUCGCUCUCCAACGGCUCCAUGGACACCAGGUCCACCUCGUCUUCCAUGAUGACUCGAUACGGCUACGGCUCGGCCUCGCCGUCGGGCGGCGGCCACCAGCCGGGCCUGUGCGGCCUCUCCAACCUGGGCAACACGUGCUUCAUGAGCUCGGUGCUGCAGUGCCUGUCCAACACGCCGCCGCUGUCGCUCUACUUCACCGAGAACCGACACCUGGCCGAGCUCAACACCGACAACCCGCUGGGCAUGCGCGGCGAGAUCGCGCGUGCCUUCGGCAGCCUCGUGCAGGAGAUGUGGAGCGGCCGCCACCAGUCGACUGUGCCGCGCACGUUCAAGCACCAGGUGUCGCGGUUCGCACCGCAGUUCUCCGGCUACCAGCAGCACGACUCGCAGGAGAUGCUCACCUUCAUCCUGGACGCGCUGCACGAGGAUCUCAACCGCAUCCACAAGAAGCCGUACAUCGAGCUCAAGGACUCGGGCGGCCGGCCCGACUCGGAGGUGGCGGCCGAGGCUUGGGAGAACUACCGCAAGCGCAACAGCUCCGUCAUCGUGGACAUGUUCCACGGCCUGUUGAAGUCCACCGUGGUGUGCCCCGAGUGCGCCAAGGUGUCCGUCACGUUCGACCCGCACUGCAUGCUGCAGCUGCCCCUGCCGGUCAAGCGCGAACGUAAUAUCGAGGUGCGUCUGGUGUGGGCUGAUCCCAGUCGGAGGCCCAUCACCUACAAGGUGACGGUGCCGAAGCAGGGCUCGGUGGCCGACCUGUGCCGCGCUCUGGAGCGGCUGGCGCUCGUGCCCCAUCAGUGUCUGGUGGUCGCUGAUGUGUACAACAGCAAGUUCCACAAGAUCUUCACCGACGCCGACCCGCUCAAGGACAUCAACGACAAGGACACCAUCUGCGCGUACGAGGUGUCGCCGCCCUCCUCUGGCCUGCUGCCGCAGCCGGUGUACGUGGGCCGCGGCGAGGGCGGUAAGGUGGGCACGCCGUUCUUCGUGUGCGUGCGCCGGGACAAGACCAGCUACGCCGACCUGGUGGCGCUGGUCGAGCACGCCAUGUCGCGCUACGUGCGUCCCAUCAGCAGCGCCGACUGGUGGACCGGCCCGCCCGACGCCGUGCCCAACGGCAUGUCCGCCUGCUCGUCCGAGGACGAGGCCGAGCCGGACGAGCGCGACGAGCCGAUGGAGGCGGCGAAGGCGGCCGCGCCGCCGCCGUUCCGGCUGCAGCUGGUCAACAGCAGCGGCAACACGUGCCUGGCGCGCCUGGAGCCGGCCGAGCCGGACCGGCCGCUGGCGCUCGCCGACGGCGCCGUCGUGGAGGCGCUCUGGCAACCGGCCGCAUUCGCCGCCGCCGUCGACACGCUCGAGGCCGAGGCGCGCGACGAGCACGAGUCGGUGCACGCGCGGCCGGCGGCGCGCCGCCCCUGCAUUCAGCUCAGCGACUGCCUCGAGCUCUUCACCACCAUCGAGAAGCUGGGCAUCAAUGACGCCUGGUACUGUCCGGACUGCAAGAAGCACCAGGAGGCGACCAAGAAGUUCGACCUGUGGAGCCUGCCUGACGUGCUGAUCGUGCACCUGAAGCGCUUCUCGUACACGCGCAUCUUCCGCGACAAGAUCGACACGCUGGUGGAGUUCCCGACGCGCGGCCUCGACAUGCGCCGCCACCUGCUGGACCCCAACCAGCCCAACUCCACCUACGACCUGAUUGGCGUGUCCAACCAUUACGGCGGCAUGGGCGGUGGUCACUACACGGCGUACUGCAAACACCGUGACGACGGCCGCUGGUACUACUUCGACGACAGCGCGGUGACUGAGGCCAGCGAGGAAGCCGUCUGUUCGAAGGCGGCCUACGUGCUGUUUUACAUGCGGCGCGAGCCUCAGAGCGUCGCCUGUCGGCCGCCGCCGCCGCCGCCGGCCACCGUCGUCUCCAACGGGCUGGCCGACGACUCGGGCGACGACAUGGACUACAGCUAGUGGCGGUCGGCCGGCGGACUGCGGCCGGCCGGCC